AAACAACGCCAGCUCACGUUGAUGCACGCACAUCAGUGCUGCUUAUGAAAGCCACAUCCAGGGUUUCCAGCGUUUUAUUUCGCAAUGUGCGGAAAGCUUUUUGUUUUCUUGUUGCAAACAAUGGAUAAUACUUAGAAGCAGAGCCGCACAGAGAACCGAUGUUAUAAGCACGUGAAAUUCACAUGGCUGCACAUAAAAAUUGCUACUGCAACUUUGUUGGGAGAGAGUGUGAAAAGUUCUAAAUACCCUCUACUUGGGUCACAGAAUGAUUUUUCGCUAGAUUUUCACCGAUAUGUCUCUGGUUGAUUCAUUGCACUUAUCUCUGUUGUGCACCAAAUUAAUCUGCGGCGCUGAUUGAGGAAAGAGAGCGGCUGACGGAUUCAAUAAACAUUAAUGCUGGUCUUUAAGAGACGCGUAGGUCGCCUUUACUCGGCAUCUUGCAGUUCAAAACGUCGAUGGCGACUUGCGUCAACACUAGUAACGAUUUAACCCGAUUUGCACCCGGCCCACACUCGACGCGUUUCUAGGUAAAACAAGGUCCCAAAGCAGCCCAGCCCAUCCUGGGGCGGUACCUGCCAAAAAUAUUGCCUGGGACUCGCAUGUUCUCCAUCCAGCAGCAGUUGCCAAGGUUACCAGUUCCAUCUAUUGAACAAACACUUGAUAAAUAUCUGAAGUCUGUACGUCCAUUGCUGAGUGAUGAAGAAUAUAAUCAAACACAAACGAUAGUAGCAGACUUUGCCAAAGACCCAGGUCCAAAACUACAAGAGAUGCUCCUAAAAAAGGCAGAAACUACAGACAAUUGGCUGGCAGACUGGUGGCUUCAUGUGGCUUAUCUUGGAUUCCGGAUGCCAGUUGUUAUCCAUUCCAGUCCUGGAAUCAUGUUCCCCUUCCAGGACUUUCAAGAUGAGCAGGGACAGCUCAGAUUUGCAGCCAAAUGGAUAUCUGGUGUGUUGUCCUUUAAGAAGCUGAUUGAUGAUCAAACAUUACCAAUAGAAACCUUAGGUGGACAACCCUUGUGCAUGAUUCAGUAUUACAGAAUCCUUUCAUCUUGCCGCGUACCAGGAGCGAAGCAUGAUUCUGUGGUACAAUUUCCAGCAGACUCACCAAACCCUCCGCGACAUAUUGUGGUCAUCCGUAACAAUCACUUUUUCUCUUUGGAUGUAUAUGGCCAAAAUGGAAAACCACUCAAUGUGGACCAAAUUCAUAAACAACUGAUGAGAAUUGUUGAUAAAUCUGAACAUCCCACCCCUCAUGUUGGAAUUCUCACCACAGAGAACAGGAAUACUUGGGGAUCUGCUUUCAAGAGGUUGAUUAAAAACAAGACUAACAAGGCCACAAUUGAAGAGAUCCAGCACAGUAUUUUUGCAGUGUGCCUGGAUAAGCCUAUGGAGCACACUGAACCUGGGCGGAGGGAGGCUAUGUCAGCAAAGCAGAUGUUACAUGGAGGAGGGAGUCAAUGGAACAGUGGCAACAGGUGGUUCGAUAAAACAUUACAGUUUAUUAUUGGCUCUGAUGGAGCGUGUGGAUUGAACUAUGAACAUGCAGCAGCAGAGGGUCCACCCGUCGCUUUCUUGCUGGAUCAUGUUAUGGACUAUGUGAAGAAUGUUCCAGAAGACCUAGCCCCUGCAAGUGGAAUUGCAGACCCCAAGAAACUGAAGUGGGAUUUGUCCCCAGACACACUGGAGGACAUCAAGAAAGCAGAGGAGGAUAUAGACAUGAUGGUUGAAGAUCUUUCUCUGUCCACAUUACAUUUUAGAGGUUAUGGUAAAGAUUUUGCCAAAUCUCAGAAACUUCCCCCAGAUGCUUUUAUACAAGUGGCCAUGCAGCUGGCUUACUAUAGCCUGUACAACAAGCCCCCAGCCACUUAUGAGAGUGGUUCCACUAGAAGGUUUCAGCUCGGCAGAACAGACACUAUUAGAUCAUGCACCAUUGACUCCACAAACUUCUCCAAAGCUAUGCAGGAUAAUUCUGUAUCAAAACAAGAGAAGGCAGACUUAUUGAGAAAAGCUGUGAAUGCUCAUAGAAAGUACACUACUGAGGUUGUUUCUGGUCAGGGCAUAGAUCGACAUUUACUGGCUUUCAAACUGCUGGCUGUAGAAAAUGGCAUGAAUGUACCUGAGUUAUUCAUGGACACAGCUUACACGACCAGCAUGAACCAUCAAAUUUCUUCUAGUAAUGUCUCUGCUAAGACAGAAGCAGUUCUUUGUUUCGGACCAACAGCACCAGAUGGAUAUGGAGUCUGCUACAAUCCCCAGCCAAAACAAGUCAUCUUUGCCAUAUCCGCAUUCAACAGUUGUAAGGAGACAGACUCUGACAUGUAUGCCAAGUCUCUGGCCAAAAGUCUAACAGACAUGCAUGACUUAUUGCUGCAAACAUCUGGCUCGAAGUUAUGAGAAAUGCAGCUGGGAAGAUAUAGCAGUUGUUUUCCGACUUUGCUGAAUGCAAAAAAAAAUUUGGCUUUUGAACCAAAGGCAUCCCAGUUGUCACAUUAUAGUCAUAUGGCAUAUAUUUUUUUACAAAGGGUUGAUGCAUAAUUUGGAGUUGGUUUUGUUGGAAAUUAUGGGAAAUGGAAAUGAUUUAAUGGUGCUUACUUGUAUGAUUUUAUAUAUGCUUUUCUCAAAUUCUUCAAGGCCAACAGUGUUUUGAUGACAGCAACUCCAAGCCGCAAUAUUUUCUAAAUGUAUGCCAUGAUUAACAUGUUGUGUAAAAAGGUAGCUAUGGUCACAUAUUCAGUAUGAAAAGAGCACUUCAUUCACACACAGAGUGUAUUUAUGUUUAUAAUAACUGUUAUCCGCUACUGUAGUUAUACCCUUUUGUGUAUCUGAAAGUCAUUCCACCCUAAGGCUUAUUCCUCAUAGUUUAUAAAAUAACAAUGCCCUAAUAGCAUAUACCAAUCCACAUUCCUAAUUCUACCAAAUAUUUUUCUUACCGUUUUUUUUCCACUUUUCACCACCCUCAUUCCUUGUUUUAAGAUCAAUCCUGCACCAGUCAUAUUGACUGUGUAUUUAAUCACCAUGUCACCAACUGUUUGUUUUAUUGCUGUAUUUCCUUUAUCAUCCCCCUUGCCAUUCUUUCACAUUCUUUCCACAUUUCUCUUUUUCACACUUCGAGGCCCCAACCCCUCCCCAAAAGUUCCCUUUUCUGCCUUACAUCUUUUAGCAUUCCUAUUUAGCCCUCCAUCUUGUUUCUAUAACUUUAUUCUUGUUUAUAUCACAUUCCUGGUUUGCAUCCCAGAUGUUGUACUUCAAUUUUCUAACCAGUGCAGCUUUCAGUUAUUUUGAUCAAAUGACCAUGUUAUCAUAUCUCUGUAAAAUUAUGUGUUGGUAGUGAAAUUAUUAUAUGUUAUUUUAAAAGUUAAAAAAUUUUCUACAUUCACUUUUGACUAAAAUGUUUUACUUAAAAGGUAGUGAACUUAUUACUGUAUUUAUUAAGUAGAAGGUGUACAUAUGUGGUGUAGCUGAAUAGAAUUACCUGCGAAACCGCUGAAGAAAAGGUGAAAAAAAAACAUAUUUUUACAUGUGAUAUCAUAAAAAGUGAUUGAUGUUAUGGAUCAUUAUUUAUCAAAAGUAGUGUAUCCAUGUGUUUAGGAUGCCCCUUUAAUCAAUUCAGUAAGAAGGUGAUAGUUAUUUAAGAAUACACUAGAGUAAUUUUUGUGCUUCAGAAUUAUUUUUAAAAGUUAUAUGAUGAAUAAAUGACUUGUACGUAA